AUGGCCGAGGAACAUGGAAUCGCAGCGGUGGAAGGUCACACAUACGAAAUCAAAGGGGCUGCUCUUUUUCGGGAGACGGACUACGAGAGAACAAUCACAGGAAAAGGGGAAUCGAUCACCAUCUUUGAUCCGAAAGCUGAUCCUCGGUCUCCUGCCGUUUGGGAAAACGGACAAGACCCUUCGGUGGAGGAAAUUACGACUGUGCCUGCUGGAUGCCAAGUGAGCGUGAUCGCAGCUCCUGUGAUCGGAGCAACUGUAACUUUCAAACGCGGAUAA